UUUGCUUUGCUUUCAUAGCACGGAGUCGUUUUAAGUUUUUUUCCUCCAUUAACGACGAUGCGCCUGCACAGUUUAGUACCUUCGAAGCAUCCCCAAAUUCUCUCGCUCCUUCACUUUAUAAAUAUCUUCCUUCCCCCACUGUCGCACUCAUCAUCUGGCCAAAAUUAACGACACAGUGACUGAGAUGAGCAAUCGUGGCCGACCUCGAUCUGUCGGAGCAUAUUCGGGUCGCGGACUCAGAGGCGUAGCUUCGACGCCUCCUGGAGGACGUCGUUCUGCGCAUCAUCACGUCCCUGUUGAAGAAGAUGACUCUCUUGCAAAUAUUUCGCCUGUCCCUGGUGAUAGAAUGGCCCAAGGCAGAGGGAAAGUUACACAGCAGAAGUCAGCCGUUUAUCGCUCACAGCAUUCUAGGCACAAACCAACACCGGUCUAUGUGUACCGGCCAAAGUUGCCUUCACCUGGUGUAGAUGAUGAAUUACCAAAUGAAAUAAAACUUCAGAAGGAAACAGAUGACCCUGAAGUUGGUAAUAUUAGUUCAAAUCAAUCCAAUGACCCUUUGGCUUCUAAUUCAGUUGAUAAAGAUGAUCAUGCUAUAAUGACACUAGAAGCUUUUGACAUCUGCCCACCUAAGCCUGCAGCUUCAAUGACACUAAAAUCUUCUCUCUUUGAAAAGAACAAAGAAAGACAGAUUGAGGACAAGCGUUUCAGGGAAGGGAAAAAAGGAAAUGUAUUGAGGUCUGGAACGGUUCUUCUAGAGAAUUAUCUAUCCUUGGAAGAGCAGGUUAAAGAAGAUGACUCUCAUGCAAAUAUUUCGCCUGUCCCUGGUGAUGGAAUGGCCCAAGGCAGAGGGAAAGUUACACAGCAGAAGUCAGGCAUUUAUCGCUCACAGCAUUCUAGGCACAAACCAACACCGGUCUGUGUGUACCGGCCAAAGUUGUCUUCACCUGGUGUAGAUGAUGAAUUACCGAAUGAAAUAAAACUUCAGAAGGAAAUGGAUGCCCCUGAAGCUGGUAAUACUAGUUCAAAUAUAUCCAAGGACCCUUUGGCUUCUGAUUCAGUUGAUAAAGAUGAUCAUGCUAUAAUGACACUAGAAGCUUUUGACAUCUGCCCACCUAAGCCUGCAGCUUUAAUGACACUAAAAGCUUCUCUGUUUGAAAAGAACAAAGAAAUACGGAAUGAGAAGAAGCGUUUCUUGGAAGGGGAAAAAAGAACUGUAUUGAGGUCUGGAAUGGUUCUUCUAAAGAAUUAUCUAUCCUUGGAAGAGCAGGUGAAAAUUGUAAAAGCUUGCCAAAAGCUUGGCUUGGGUCCUGGAGGUUUCUAUCAACCAGGUUAUCGUGAUGGAGCACAAUUGCAUCUGAAAAUGAUGUGCCUUGGGAAAAUUUGGGACCCAGAGACCAGCAAAUAUGGGGAUCGUAGGCCCUUUGACAAUGCGGAACCACCAAGUAUUCCAAAUGAAUUUCACCAAUUAGUUGAAAAGGCUAUUAAGGAUUCGCAUGCCCUCAUAAAAGGAGAAUCUGAAGCAAGUAAUGUAGAGGAUAUACUUCCAGGGAUGAAACCAGAUAUCUGUAUCGUAAACUUUUAUUCUGCUAGCGGGCGGCUGGGUCUCCAUCAGGACCGAGAUGAAAGCCGAGAAAGUCUUGCUAAACGAUUACCAGUAGUUUCUUUUUCCAUUGGUGAUUCAGGUGAAUUUUUGUAUGGUGAUCAGCCUGAUGCAGAGAAGGCAAAGAAAGUAGUAUUAAAAUCAGGAGAUGUUCUAUUAUUUGGUGGCACAUCUAGGCAUAUCUUUCAUGGUGUUACUUCUAUUUUCUCAGAAUCUGCCCCUAAAAUGUUGCUUGAAGAAACAAAUCUCCGUCGGGGCCGCCUGAAUUUGACAUUCAGAGAGUAUUAACACCUUUUCCUUGCUUGGAGAGUUCUGUGAUUGUAUGUAUGGCAAUCUUGUUUAGUUUGUUCUGAAAUAGGAAAAACCUUUCAAAUAUAGUGGGGCAUGUAUUGUUACUUAAUUCUAUAUUUGUGCUAUAAAAGUUGUAUAUUUCUGGGAUACA